UGCUGUGUUUCCAAGUUGCAACCAAAGAUUCUGCCUUAGACAUUUAUAUGCAAAUUUCCAAAAUGCUGGGUUUAGGGGUGAAGAUCUUAAGAAGUGCAUGGAUAAUGCUAGCUAUGCCUACAAUGAACACAAAUUUAAUAUUGCAAUGAAUGAUCUUAGAGCUGAAAGUGAGGAAGCUUGGGAGUGGCUUACUGCAAUACCAAAAAAAAACAUGGGCAAGGCAUGCAUUUGACACAAACUGCAAGACUGACUUGGUAGUGAACAACUUGUCAGAGGUGUUCAACAAGUACAUUCUAGAUGUUAGGAGAAAACCUAUAAGGACAAUGUGUGAUGGGAUAAAAGAUAAGCAGAUGGUGAGGUGGCACAUGAAGAGAGAGAGUGUAAAGGAAGCAAGAUGGGAGAUAACACCUCAUUACAGUGAGAAGCUAGAGAUUGAGAAGGAGAGGGCCAGAUACUGCAAGCCAAUACAGGCAGGGGUCAACUUAUGGCAAGUUACAAGUGGGCAGCAAACACAUGCUGUCAACCUGGAACUUGAGACUUGUGGAUGCAGGAAGUGGGACCUUAGUGGCAUACCUUGCAACCAUGCCAUCUCUGCAAUAAACAAGGCUAAAAGGAAACCAGAGGAUUAUGUCAGCAAAUUCUUCAAGAAAGAUUUUUAUGCUGCAGCUUAUGAACCAAUGAUCUUUCCUGUGCCUGGUGAGCAUGAUUGGACAAGGACCCCUGGUCCAGACAUAGAACCACCUGCAUUCAAAAUCAAGAGAGGAAGAAGGAAAGAAAAGAGGAUCAAGGGCAAAUUUGAAGUACCAAAGCCAAAAGAAACUUCAAGAAUGGGGACCAUAACAUGUGGCAAUUGUGGUCUCCAAGGGCAUAGGUACACAAACUGUCUUAAACAGUUGAAGCCUGAGCUAGCUUUGAGGAAGAAUAAGCAUGUGGCUAAUCCAAGUACCUCACAGCCAAGAGCUGCUGGUCCUUCUACUGCACCAACAGCAAGACAACCAAGACCUGCUGCUUCUGCUCCUACACCACCAUCAUCUGCAAGAAGAGGAGCUGGCAGAGGAAGAGGAGCUGCUACUUCUACUACAACACCACCAUCUGGAAGAGGAAGAGGAGCUGGCAGAGGAAGAGGAGCUGCUACUUCUACUACACCACCACCAUCUGGAAGAGGAGCUGGCAGAGGCAGAGGAAGAGCUGGAAGAGGUGCUCCAAUGCCAUUCAUUGCCCCAAGGCAAUAUGCUGACAUUCCUACUGAUGGCACACACACUGGAUGGAUGUCCUACUUCACUGCUAGCAUGGGAGGUGGAGGAGCCAUGUAAUGUCAAAUAUUGUGGUGUUAUUUUGGUUAAACUUGAUGCUUGAGGUGGAGUACUGGUGGAGUACUCUAGUAAUGUUGAA